AUGGCGCUGCAGGACGUGUGCGGGUGGCGGGCCCCGGCCCCGGCCGCCGAGGAGGAGGCGGGGCUGGCCCGGGCCCUGCGCGCGGCCGGGGCCGGCGGCGGGGACCCGCAGGGCUGCGCGCGGAGCCCGGGCCCCGGCCCGGCCCACGGCACCACCACGCUGGCCUUCCGCUUCCGGCACGGGGUGGUGGCCGCGGCGGACACGCGCUCCUCCUGCGGCGCCACCGUGGCGUGCCCGGCCGCCCGCAAGGUCCUGCCGGUGCACCGGCACCUCGUGGCCGCCGCGUGCGGCGCCGCCGCCGACGGCGCCUUCUGGGUCCGCGCGCUGCGGCGGGCGCUGCGGCUGCGGGCGCUGCGCGAGGGCCGCGUGCCGGGCGUGGCCGGCGCCGCCCGGCUCCUGGCCGCCCUGCCGCGCGCCCACCGCGGGCCGGGGCCGUGCGUGGCCGCCGCGCUGGGCGGCUGGGACCGCUCGGGGCCCGCGCUCUUCUUCGUGCGCGGCGACGGCGCGUGCCUGCGCGGGGACGCGUUCGCGGCGGGCUCCGGCGCCCCCUACGCCUACGGCGCGCUGGACGGCGGCUACCGCUUCGACAUGAGCGUCCCCGAGGCCUACGCGCUGGCCCGCCGCGCCGUGGCCCUCGCCGCCCGCCGCGACGCCUACUCGGGGGGCGGCGUGGACCUGGUCCACGUGCGCGAGAGCGGCUGGGAGCCCGUGCCCCGCCGCGACGUCGGCGAGGCGCGGGGGCGGCCGGGAGCGCCCCGGGAGGGAGAGGCGGCGGCCGACGAGGGGCCGCGCGGGGACCCGGACGCCCGGACGCCCGCCGAGACGGAGCCGCCGCCGCCGUGA